GGUAAAUUAGAAAAAGGAAAGUUCUGCAAGCACGAACUUGAAUGGGGGAAGAAAGUGGAAAACCCCACAUGAUUGAUUGUGAGUAUCUCCACACCCUCCACUGUCUUUCUCUCUUUUUUUUUUCCUUUUUCUUUUCUUUCUUCUCUCUAUAAUCUAUCUAUCUAUGUUUCUAAUUAAUGUUAAUCAUUUCUUCACUAUUAUCUUCUUAACUUAACCACUACUAUUAAACACCAUAUAUCGCCGGCCAUUUCAUCUCCCCACCCCCGACCCAUCGCCAUCAUUCCCUCUCUUCUCCCCUCCCCUUCAACAGCCAUGCCCUUGUGGCUCCGCUUCUUCUCCUUCCAUGGCUGUUACUACUUACUAUUAUUAUUAUUAUUCAUUCUAUUCCUCUUCCCAUCUCCUUCCCAAUCCAUCUGCAAUCAAAUCGAUCGUGAUUCUCUAUCAACCCUAAUCAUAUCUCGAUCUUCCUUAAACUGGUCAUCGGAAACAGACUGUUGCAAUUGGGAAGGAAUUUCCUGCGACGGAAACAAUCGAGUCUCCCGUCUAUGGCUACCAUCCAAAUCCAUCCAAGGACAGAUCUCACCUCUCUUCCUCAAUCUCACCAAUCUUAUUCAACUCAACCUCUCCCACAACUCACUCACCGGUCCUCUCCCAGAUGGGUUCUUCACAUCAUUAAACCGUCUCCAGAUCCUUGACUUCUCCGAUAACCGCUUCGUCGGUCAGUUGCCGGAAACAUUGUCGGACUCAAUCCUCACAUUUAAUCUCUCCGGUAAUCACUUCAACGGGACGAUUACAUCUUCCAUUUUUCAGUCAUCUCCCAAUUUAUUGGUGUUUGAUAUCAGCAACAAUAGUUUCAACGAUCCUUUACCUAAUUCAACAUGUUUAUACUCACCUUCACUCGACACUUUGGAUUUCUCCAAUAAUAAUUUCAGCGAUCAGAUUCCUACAGGACUAGGUUCUUGCUCCAAAUUGCGAGUUUUACGAGCAGGUUUCAACUCACUAUGGGGAAUCCUCCCGCCCGAGAUUUUCAACUGUCAGUUUCUACAGGUAAUCUCCUUCCCGGGUAACAAUCUCACGGGAGAAAUUGAUAAUCGAGUCGUGAACCUAACCAAUCUCAGGGUACUCGAAUUAGACGGUAACAAAUUGACUGGUGAAAUUCCAUUGGAUAUUGGUAAGUUAUCCAAAUUGGAAACCCUACUUCUUCACAUCAAUCAGAUGAAAGGUCAUUUGCCUCCUUCACUCAUGGACUGCGUUAAUCUAGUGACACUUAAUUUAAGAGUGAAUUCGUUUGAAGGACAACUUUCAUCGCUGAAUUUCUCCAGACUAUCACGGCUUGUCACGGUUGAUCUCGGGAACAAUAACUUCACCGGAGUACUCCCCGUGAGCCUAUUCUCGUGUCCCUCUUUGAACGCAGUUCGAUUUGCGAGCAAUCAGUUAGUAGGCGAGUUAGUCCCCGAAAUACAGCAAUUGAAAUCGCUAUCCUACCUAUCAGUUUCUCAGAACAAUCUAACCAAUGUUAAAUCAGCGAUCAAGAUAUUAACAAACUGCAGGAAUCUCAGCACUCUAAUCCUAUCAGCCAAUUUCUAUGGGGAAGAGUUACCUUCAGAUGAAACAAUGGCAGCAAACUCUACAGUUUUUUUUCAGAAUAUACAUAUUCUCAGCUUCGGGGGUUGCUUAUUCAACGGGGAGAUACCAAAUUGGUUAGGGAAUUUGAAGCAGCUCGAAGUUCUUGAUCUCUCGUUCAACAGAUUCUCGGGCUUGAUCCCAGCAUGGUUCGGUGAUCUCCCGAAUCUCUUCUACCUAGACUUAUCUUCCAACAAUCUAACAGGAGAAUUCCCUAUUGAAUUCACCCGUAUGUUAAGAUUAACAUCGGAAGGAGUCGAUAACCAAAUAGACCGAAGCUAUCUAGAAUUGCCGGUCUUUGUUAAUCCGAGCAACACAUCGACAUUACAGUAUUAUCAUCAGCUCGCUAACUUACCUCCGGCGAUAUACCUUGGAAGCAAUGCCAUCACCGGCAGCAUCCCGAUUCAAAUUGGACUGCUGAAAUUCAUUCACGUAUUGGAUCUCAGUUACAACAACUUCUCAGGAACAAUCCCCGACCAAAUAUCGAAUCUUGUCAACUUAGAAAAACUAAACCUCUCAGGAAACCAUCUCACGGGUCAGAUCCCAUCCUCACUCAGAAGCCUCCAUUUCUUAUCGUCUUUCAGCGUCGCCAACAAUAACCUCCAAGGACCGGUACCUUCAGGCGGUCAGUUCGAUACGUUUCCUUCGUCAAGUUACGAUAACAACCCCGGUUUGUGCGGUCUGGUAGUACACCGCAGCUGCUCGUCUGGUUCCGACACCAGGAAAUCAAACACGUACAAAAAUGCGAAGAAGAAUAUCAUCGUCGGCGUAACGCUCGGCGUAUGUUUUAUCAUCGCUUUCGCGGUUGUAUUGACUGCCGUCUGUUUAUCCAAGCGGAGAAUUAUCCCGCGGGGAGAAGGCGACAAUGUAAACUUCGAAACAAUAUCGUUCACAUCAAACUCCGGAAUGUCCACCGAUAUUUGUAAGGAGAACAGCAUGCUAAUGAUCUUCCAAAACAAUAACAACAUCGAGAUCAAGGAUAUAACUAUACACGACAUCCUGAAAGCGACUGACAAUUUCAACCAAGCGAACAUCGUCGGUUGCGGAGGAUUCGGUCUGGUUUACAAAGCAACACUAGCAAACGGCACAAAACUAGCCGUCAAGAAACUCUCAGGCGACAUGGGACUAAUGGAACGCGAAUUCAAAGCUGAAGUUGAAGUUUUAUCAACAGCCCGUCACAAGAAUUUAGUCUCCCUCCAAGGGUACUGCGUUCACGACGGAAUCCGUCUACUUAUAUAUUCAUUCAUGGAGAACGGAAGUCUGGAUUAUUGGCUCCACGAGAAAACCGACGGGGCAGCGCAGCUCGACUGGCCGACGCGUCUCAGGAUCGCGAGAGGUGCGAGUACGGGUCUAGCGUACAUGCACCAAAUAUGCGAUCCUCAUAUAGUCCACCGCGAUAUAAAAUCGAGCAACAUUCUACUCAACGAGAAGUUCGAAGCCCACGUCGCAGAUUUCGGUUUGUCGAGAUUGAUCCUCCCUUACCGCACCCAUGUCACCACCGAAUUGGUCGGUACGCUCGGGUACAUACCUCCCGAAUACGGGCAGGCUUGGAUCGCGACUCUGAGAGGAGAUAUGUAUAGUUUCGGGGUGGUUAUGCUUGAGCUGUUAACGGGGAAGAGACCGGUUGAGGUAUUCAAACCGAAAACGUCGAGAGAAUUGGUUUCUUGGGUGCUGCAAAUGAAGAAGGCGGGAAAAUCAGAAGAAAUUUUUGAUUCUCUUCUGAGAGGGAAAGGUUUUGAAGAAGAGAUGAUUCAGGUACUUGAAAUGGCAUGUAUGUGCAUUAAUCAGAAUCCUUUAAAGAGGCCCACGAUUACUGAAGUAGUCGAUUGGCUCCACAAUGUAGGAGCUAAGAAAUAAUAAAUAACACACUUUUUUCUUGUCCA